GAAUCAUAGUGUCAAACUAACUCUAAAAAAACGACCCCGCAUCACCGAACCACGGUCCACGGUCCACGGUCGGUCCACCCCACCUCGCCAAAAAAGCGAACCAACUUACCGUACCGUACCAAGGUCCAACCACCACAACGCGUCUCCCGUAAUUAAGCCCGGCCCACGCGCCACCACGGACCUCCGCCUUCCCCGCCAUAACUACAACGACAUCCGCGCAAGCAUGGAGAUAUUCCUCAAUAAGGUCUCGCAGCAAGCCGUUUCGUUCGCGAUCAGAUCCGGGAUAAUAGUCACAAGCCAGUUUGCGAUUCGUCAGUGCGGGCGGUACAUCUCGUCGAUAAAAGGGAAGGAUAGGAAGGAGUUACAACGGCUGCAGGAGAGGCUGGAGACGAAGAUCAAGAUUGUUUCCCCUGCGAUCGAUCUCGUGGAGAUAUUAUCGGCGCGAGGCAACACGUCGCUCGAGAGCGCGCUCACGUUAACGAAAGACAUCCGGCAUGGCAUCGAGAAGCUCGGGAAGCGCAUGGAGGCGUUGUCGGACCAGAAUGCGAAGCGCCGGACUAAUCCUGAGGAGGUGAAAGGGGUCAUGGAGGAUAUCAAGAGUUUGCUGAUGAAGAUUGAGGAGGCCGUGCCGUUCAUCAGUCUUGCGGUUACCACCUCCGGCGUCAACAUUUCAGCGUCGAUACCGCAGAAUGUCUCGCCGUCGAGAUUACUACAGGCCUCCGGAAUGCUGUCUGCUGGGGACACGGCGUACUGCUACGACCCGUUCAAGCCCGCGCAGAUCGGACAGACGUUUUGGCUGUCGCUAUACAUGCUAUUCUCGUCACACUCGCAUAGACAGGAACAGGUCUCGGCGAAGGAUCUGACAUGGCAGGAAGUAAUGUACAAAUGUCGUGUCAACCUUCAACGCGUACCGCUGUUCUACGACGAGGAGGAGGGCGAAACUACGGGGGAUAUGCAUUUCCGGGCGCAGAAUAAGAUACAGGAAUACUGCUACGAGCUGCUGUUGGUGGAAGACUUGGAUGAUGGGAGGGUGCACGAGAAGGAUUACGGGCCAUAUGAGGAUGUCGCUAGGUCAGGACUGAGGACGCGCAUACCAGUUCAUCAGAUCGCGAAGAUGUUUUAUACCACAUCUGGCAAGCUUCUUGGCAUUGAGGAGAGCAACUCCCCGAUCCUACUGAUCAAGCGAGACAAAAAUGCUCAGGCUCCAAGGAAGGUGCUCGACAAGGUCAGGGGAUAUUUUUACAGCGAUGACGAGGGCUCAGACACUGACGAGCGGCAUGGAAACGACCAUCACCACUCUCCAACCGAUCAUCACGAGGAGGAGGACGGUGAAGACCACCUCGACCUUCCCAAACACCUCGACCCAGAAUGGCUCGCCUUCGAAAUCUACACCGACGACCCGGACGACGCAAGCUCCGCUACGAUAUCUCCCGUCUCUUCGGCCGAAUCUUCACGGCCAGGCUCACCAACCCCUGAUCGGACCCCACCGCCCGCGUCCCUCGCCAACGCCCUAACCAACCUAACGCUCACCUCGUCGCCUACCACCGCCACCCCGCGUCUCAACGCAAUCCGCAGCGACCUCAGCAUCCUCGAAUGUCUCCUGCGCCUCACGAUCCUCCAAAACUUCCAGCAGGCGCAACACACCACAGUGCACGACGAACUUCUCAACCUCUUUCUCUCGGACGCCGUCUGGGGCGGUAGCAAAGAGGACCGCCGCGUGGAGCGCGAACAGGCGCGCAAAAAACUCGGCUUCGAUCCCUUCGAGGCCACGCCGGGCAUAAACCGUACCAUCAGACCGCCCGGCGGCACCCCCCGGAGUACCACUGGCACGCCGAAGAGGAUCGAUGCGCACCCGAUUACGCCAAGGAGCGAUAUGGAGCGCCAGAGGGGUAGGUGGGUCAGGUGGGAUACGCAGACGCCGAGAGAGCAGUGGACGCCGCCGGAGAGGCGGCCGGAAUGGGAGGGCGAGGAGCCGUCGAGUCCGCUUGGGCGGUAGACGUUUUAAAUUCUGAGUUGUAACUGCGUGCUAGAUUGUUGGAGUUUGUGGGCUCGGGCGUUGGGACUGUUGCUCGCCUGCACGGCCGGCUUUGAGUGUAAAUGGUGUUCCUUUUCUGUACGAGAGGUGGUCACUGGUCACUGGUGUGA